AUGCCGGCCGGUCUCGUUGGCAGCCUGUUGGGCUUGGGCAACCCCCUGCUUGACAUCUCAGCGGUGGUGGACCAGGCCUUCCUGGACAAGUAUGACCUCAAGCUUGCCAACCAGAUCCUGGCGGAGGACAAGCACAUCCCCAUGUACAAGGAGCUUGUGGCCAGCAGCGGCGUGGAGUACAUCGCGGGCGGCGCCACCCAGAACAGCAUCCGCGUGGCGCAGUGGAUGCUGCAGGUUGCGGGCGCAACGGCCUACAUGGGCUGCGUCGGUAAUGACGAGUUUGCUAAGACCAUGACAGACACCGCCGCUAAGGAUGGCGUCAACGUGCGCUACAUGGUCGACGAGGCCACCCCCACCGGCACCUGCGCCGUCUGCAUCAUCGGCGGCGAGCGCUCCCUCGUGGCCAACCUGGCGGCCGCCAACAACUUCAAGGCGGACCACCUGCAGAAGCCCGAGAACUGGGCCCUGCUGGAGGCGGCGCGCGUCGUCUACUCGGCGGGCUUCUUCAUCACCGUCAGCCCCGAGAGCAUCCUGGCGUCCGCCAAGCACUGCGCGGAGAACGACAAGAUCUACAGCAUGAACCUGUCGGCGCCAUUCAUCAUGCAGGCGAGGGGCGCCGCCAGGAGCACCGCGCCGCGUCAUCCUCGCCUCCCCUUUUCCCCUCGCCGUCUGGGGCUGCUUGGCUGA